AUGGCGUCGACCUCUCGCCGUAUGGUUGCGUCCGUCCUCUUGGUCCUUCUUCUCCUCGUCGCCACAGAGAUGGGGACGAUGAGGGUGGCGGAGGCGAGGCACGGGCACAGGCACUGCGAGUCGCAAAGCCACAGGUACCGCGGAGCGUGCUGGAGGGACGACAACUGCGAACACGUCUGCAACACCGAGGGCUUCCCUUGGGGCAAGUGCAAGUUCCACGACUUCGAAAGGAAGUGCUUCUGCAAGAAACCGUGCUAG